AGAUGUUAUCUGUUAACAAGGCAGACAAGAGGAAAGAUUUUUUUAGGUAGUGGUCUCCUAUAAGGAUGCCUUUUAUAAUUCCACCUCCACUUUCCAUAGGUCCUAUCCAGAAAACUUGCUUUCCAAACUGCACUAAUUAUCUUUUCCAUUAAAAUACAAAUAUUUAACUGCCAACCAGAGCUUCUAGUUAGUUUUGCCAUUUAUAAGCUGGUGACUUCAUAAAAACCACUUCACUUCUGUAAGUGACUGAGCUGAGAUUUAAAGAUUCAAAAAUAACUUCUAGACCACCAUCACCGCCUUCAAGAAAGGCAAGUGUGAAAUAAGAGUUAUAUAAGAGGUGAAGCCAGCCCAGUCCUAUUUUUGUAGCAUAUGUCACCAUUUCCACUCCCUAGUGACAAGCACAAAGCCACCUAGAGCACCGCCUGCCUGUCCUUUGGGGCAUCUCUGUCAUGUGCUUAAAGUCAUUCCUCUACAUCUACAUUAUACUGAUCUUAACCCAAGCCUCUUUCAUCUUGCGCUUUGUAAUGAAUUUCCAACUGCUCACCCUUACUGAUGGACAAACCACCCCCAUACCUUGCAGGAGAGAGGACUGAGACAUGAACUGGAGGAGGGGAGUGACAACUAGGCGGGUGAAGUGCAUAGCUGGAGACUCAGAGCAGGGAGUAUGAUGGAAGGUCUAAUCUUCACGUUGGAAUAACUAACACAAAUGGGGUUGUGUAUAAUUACAGUGCACAUGGUGUCCAGCGAGAUGGCGCAGGGUGGGAGCAGAGCAUAAGCAUCCCAUUACUGCAGCCCAACAUGUAUGGAAUGAUGGAGCAAUGGGACAAGUACCUGGAAGACUUCUCCACCUCGGGGGCCUGGUUGCCUCACAGGUAUGAAGAAGACCACUACAACUGCUACACUUACACACUCUUGUUCAUUAACUGCGUUCUGAUGGCAGAAGGUAGAGAGCAACUGGACAAGAGUGAAUUUACAGAGAAGUACGUGGUCCCUCGGACAAGGCUGGCAUCCAAAUACAUCACACUCUACCGAGCAAUACAGGAGCAUGGCUUCUAUGUCACUGACCGUCCCCAGCAGGAGGCACAAGCCCCUGAGGGCAGCGGUUUGUGCUGAGAGCUACGUAAGUGCAGUCCGGACAAUGGGGGUAGGGAGCUUGCUACCUUUCAUCAGUACUAUGGAUUUCUAAAUGCAUUUAACUGUGGUCAAUAAAAACUUGUAUGGGUUGGGCCCUGUGUCUCACACCUGUAAUCCCAGUACUUCGGGAGGCCGAGGCAGGCAGAUCGUCUGAGGUCGGGAGUUUGAGACCAGUCUGGCCAAAAUGGUGAAACCCCGUCUCUACUAAAAAUAUAAAAAUUAGCCAGGCGUGGUGGCAGGUGCCUGUAAUCCCAGCUACUUGGGAGGCUGAGGCACAAGAAUCGCUUGAACCCAGGAGGCAGAGGUUGCAGUGAGCCAAGAUCGCAGCACUGCACUUCAGCUUGGGCGACAGAGCGAGAUUCCAUCUCAGGAAAA